GGAUUAGACUCGGAGUUUGAAUCACAAUAAAUAUGGCGUCAUCGUGCGUGCUUUAAAAACCACCCCAUGUAAACAUAACUUCGGGUAGGGUUAGCGCUUACUUUAACCUCAAUAGCUUUUUUUAAAAAAUUAUUUAUAUAUAAAUAUAUUUAUUUAUUUAGUUAAGUGUUUUUUUUUUUUCGCGGAGUCAGUUUGCGACCGCCCAACCUGCUUUUCGAGUUUGGUUUGUUUUUGAAAUUGUAAACUGAAGGAAUCGACACGGGCUGGGGAGCGAUUCAGACGCUGUUAUCGAAUAAACCCCAAUAAAGAAGCCGAGACGUUUGGAAACGGUACCCACGGACCGGAGAUACCGAGGGGGGAAUGGGUUUUAAAAUGCACGGAAUCGCUUUCUGUCGGUGCCCGCCGGGGUUUCUGAUCUGCAUCGUGUUGAUGGUAUCGCCCGCCCCUUCUCUCUGCGGUUUCUUGGAGCCCCCCACCCCUGUGUUCUCCCUCAGCGCUCUGGAAGAAGGGGUAGCUCGUCUGCCCUGUCGAUUCGAACCCAAGUCAGAAACGCAGACAAACGGCACGAAGGAGGUGGUGCAACAGGUGGCCUGGUUCAAAGUACCCCCCGAAAACGAGGGCGCUGCGAAUCGAGAGCAGAUCAUCCUCUUUCACACAACGAUGGGACAACACGUUUUCGACCCUUACAAAGACAGAGUCUCCUUCGAGAAGACACAGCCUAUUGCAGACUCCGCCCUGUUGAUCAGAGGCGUGACUCUGGAAGAUCAGGGGAACUACGUGUGUCAGGUGAUCACUUUCCCAUCGGGAAACUUCGAGACUACCAUCAAGCUGAGUCUGCUGAGCCUUCCGGUCUCCAGCCUUGAUCCCGCCUCCCCACCUCUCGUGGAAGGUUCCGCGCUCGCCGUGGCGGCGGUAUGCACUUCCUGGGGGGUCGUGCCCCCCACGGUUGCCUGGGAGACGGGCCUGGAAGGGUCAAGCCAGCUUAAUCAAGCAGCCGGGGGCAAAGUGACAAACAAGUUCUGGGUGAAGCCCAGUCGAGGGAUGAACGGAGAGAAGCUGGACUGCUUGAUCACUCACCAGAGUCUCAGCGAACCGAGGAGGAUCCCCUACACCGUCGUGGUGCACUAUCCCCCGGACGUGUCGUUGACAGGCUACGAAAAUGAUUGGUUCGUCGGGAUGGAAGAGGGGGCUUUGAAAUGCGUGGGGAAAGGGAACCCAGAACCAAACCACUUCACAUGGACAAGGAGGGACUCGGCUCUCCCGGAUGGAGUGAGUGUGGUUAACGGCUCUCUCUCGUUCCCUCGCCCUCUGGAGCUCUCCGACUCGGGUGUCUAUAUCUGCCGCUCGUCAAACAGAGCUGGCUUCGGGGAGGCGAAGCUGGAGAUCCGAGUGUCAGAGUCGGCAAUAAGGAAAGCCAAUUCCAGCUCUGUGAUGAUGAUCGCCGUGGGAGCGGUUGUCGCGGUGUUGCUGGUUACCUUGGUGAUCGCCGUGCUGUUGCUCAAUCGACAUCACAAGCGAAGGAACAUGGAGCUGGAGAGGGCAUUGAACAUGAAAACUGAGGAGCUCUCUUCCUUAUCCAGACAAACAUCUUUCAGAAGACUGAACUCUAUCAACACCGACCCCCGGUCUCAGACGGACGAAAGCAUCCCGCUGCGAGAAGAAGUCGUCGCGAGCCAGAGCCCCAGCUCUCUAGCGGAUAAUUCCGCUCGUAGUCGGGACAGCCGCUCCACCCUGUCGACGGUGCGGGGGGUGUCAGAGUUCCCGGGCCACCCUCCCCUGCACCGGGACGAUGAGAUGGAGGAGGACGAGGAAGCCCGCAGCUCCAGGCUGAGAGUCGAGUCGUUUGUCAGGAGCAGCACCAGGUCACUGCGGGAGCCUGGAUUCCGCCCCCCUCUGAACCCCUCCCUUCUGAGAACCCACCUCACCCGCUCCCUGCCCCGCUCCCUGCCCCGCUCCCUGCCCCGCGAGAGAACCAACGGCAGCGCCCGGCACCUGACCGAAAGGAAACUCUGGGACUCCUCACUGGGAUCCCAGGGGGAGGAAUCUCAAGAGCGGGACGAGUCCUACGAUGAGCUGAGCGAGGACGGGGAAAGAGGGAGACAGGGAGAGGGGGUAGAGAUGGAGAGAGAGUGCAUUACCGAAGCCCUUUCCCAGCACUUCCACAUGGACAACGGGACGCUCCAACCGAAGCCGACCUCCAACGGGAUUUUCAUCCAUCCCAAGGCGCAUUUUGUGUGACAGAAUUUUACCUGCAGGGAAUAUUGGGGUUAGAAUGAACUUGAACUGAACUGAACUGAACUGUAGUGUAAUUGGGAAACAGUGAUAUCUGGUGGCUGACAGGUGUAUUGCAGCUAAUUAAAAAGAAACUUGAAAGGCUACCAUGUCAAUUGGACCAAAAAACAGUGCCAUCUGUUGCUCUGAUGGAUGUAUCACUGCCUUUUUAUAAACCCAGGUAAAACUACAGCCAGCAGCUACACCAAUGGGAUUCUGUUUGACCUGACCUCUGGAUAUAUAUAUAUAUAUAUAUAUAUAUAUAUAUAUAUAUAUAAUAUAUAUAUGUAAACUGAAAGGGAAAAGCGCCACCUGUUAGGCCAAAAGGUGGUAUUGCAGGCAGCUGUAACUGUAUACAAAUUCUGGUCAGACUGCAGCAAUGUACACCAUUGCGAUUUUGAUUCACCACAAGACUGUACUAAACAGCAUUCAACUGUGCUGAGAUGGUGUACACUGGAAGAAAACAGGGCCAUCUGGGGGGUCAAUGGGGGAACUGCAGGCAACUAUACCAAAUUCUGCACCAGACUGGAUUAGUCUUUAAACUUCACUGCGCAAGACCGGAAAUGAAACAGCGCCACCUGUUUGUCUAAACUGGAAUUGCGCCUGCAUAAGGAAACCCCUGGCAGCAACUUUACCAAAAUGGAAUGAAACAAAGAAUGUGUUUUGGGGAAGGAAGUAAGACCAGUGUUUGAGGUCAUUUCCUGUUUUUGCAAUACUGAUUUAAAUUCCAUAACCUUUUUUUUUUUAAAUCAAUUCCAAAUAUUUGGUCAAAAUUUGCAAUCUGGAAUAUUCUGUUAAAACGCGCUUCUCGUUUUCAGCGGCAACAAAUGACCCCCAUCGAAGUUGCUGUUUGUUUAUUUGUUUUUGUUUGCUUGUUUGUCAAUUAAACUGGCUUCAGACGAACACAGUUGAGCAAUCGCAACGAUAUUCCUACGUCUCUAAAACAUCAAUUCUGAUUCCUUGGAAUGGACUCGGAAGUGGAAUUCGGAAUUGAUUUAAAAAAAUUGAUAAACAGGAUUGACCCUCGAACCCUGGCAAGGGUAUUAUUUUAACUGCAGCUCAACUCAACUGUAUUUUUUUUCCUCAUAACUUUGUGUUUUCUAUUGAAAUGAUGGUAUUGUAAAAUUGCAAAUUACUUUUU